AUGGCGCAAUCUCUAAACAACCUCUACAAGUUUAUCGUUCCUUUGGGAAUUGCAACUGCGGCCGUUCAGUCCUCUAUAUACGAUGUUAAGGGUGGCUCUCGAGCAGUUAUUUUCGAUCGUUUAUCCGGAGUCAAGGAGACAGUCGUUAAUGAGGGUACACAUUUUUUGAUUCCUUGGUUACAAAGAAGCAUCAUCUACGAUGUACGCACGAAACCAAGAAACAUUUCAACGACCACUGGAAGUAAGGAUUUGCAAAUGGUCAGCUUGACACUGAGAGUUCUACAUAGACCUGAGGUCCAACAGCUACCCAAGAUUUACCAGAACUUGGGUCAAGAUUAUGAUGAGAGAGUUCUGCCCUCUAUCGGAAAUGAAGUCCUUAAAUCCAUUGUCGCCCAGUUUGAUGCUGCUGAACUCAUCACCCAGCGUGAAGCCGUCAGCAACCGCAUUCGAUCAGAUCUCCUCAAGCGUGCUCAAGAAUUCAAUAUUGCACUUGAAGAUGUCUCAAUCACCCAUAUGACAUUCGGUAAAGAGUUCACUCGCGCCGUCGAACAAAAGCAGAUUGCUCAACAAGAUGCCGAAAGAGCGAGAUUUAUUGUCGAGAAGGCAGAGCAAGAAAGACAGGCCAACGUCAUCCGUGCAGAGGGUGAAGCAGAGAGUGCAGACACUAUUAGCAAGGCUGUUGCGAAGGCAGGAGAUGGUCUGAUUAUGAUUAGAAGAAUCGAGGCUAGCAGGGAGAUUGCACAGACCUUAGCAAGCAAUCCUAAUGUCACUUACUUACCCGGCGGUGGUGAGGGUGGCAAAGAAGGUGGUGGAAAGUUUUUGCUUGGGUUGAGAUGA